UCUCUCCCUCCUCUCUCGCUCUGGCUGUAGGGUUUUAGUCAUUUCUCUGCGUAUACAUACAAACAUAUAUACAUAUAUGCAUCGCUCUCGCUUGAACUCUCUGCUUCGAGGGUUCUUCACUCUUCGGUUGUGGAGAGAAGAUAUAUACGUAUACAUAUCUGCAAGGCCUGAACUGGCAGCGAUUGGGGAUCAUUUGAAGCUCUCCAUUUCGUUAGAUUCCGCGUUCCUCACUCUCUCCGUGCAAUCGCAACACGAACCAAUCGAUCCGAACCCUAAGCUUUAUCGGAUAAGCGGCCGCCGCCUCUGCAGCUGGUGGUCGCCGGGCAAUCACUUCUCGUCGACUGUACGAGGAAUCAAGUUCUUUUCUUCCUGCACCCUCUUAAUUGUCGUAAAUUGGUUUUUGCUUACUUUUCAUUCAUUUGCUCGCUUUUUCUUUUGAUUCUGAAACUGUCCCAUUCAAUCUCACUAUCCUCCUAUUGAGUUGCUACUGCUGCUUGUCUGUCUUUACUAGCCUGUUCUGUAUUGUUAUUAGUACUAUUCUUAUAUACAUUGCCCUGGUGUACCGAAGAACACUAAUUGCUGUGUAAUUACUUAAAAAAGUAAUGGCGAUGAUUAUGAAUUCAAUUGCGAAGUGGUGCACAAUGCGGUAGUUAAAUCUUCUGAGAGAUAAGUGCCACGGAACAUGUUCAGUCUGCGAUUAAUUCGCAGAUUUGGUACUGCCGCUACUAACACUGCAACUGCUACCACAACCACCUUUGCUGCUUGUGUAAACAAAAAUCCCCUCCCAAAACGACCUACUGGUUUGGAGAAGGCUGAGGAGGAGCCUGUGCUUCUCAAGCUGAAGGGUGAGAGAGACCCCGAUAAGCUAUUCCUUUUAUUCAAGGCCAACGUGCACAAUAGGCUCCUUAUUGAAAACCGGUUUGCCUUCGAGGAUACUGUUUCUCGGUUAGCUGGCGCGGGCAGGUUUGAUUACAUAGAGAAUCUACUUGAGCACCACAAGGUGCUACCACAAGGCCGGCGGGAGGGUUUUAUUGUGCGGAUUAUAAUGUUGUAUGGGAGAGCUGGAAUGAUUAACCACGCUGUUGACACUUUCUACAAUAUGCACUUGUUUGGUUGUCGUAGGACUGUUAAGUCAUUUAAUGCUACUCUUCGAGUUUUGACUCAAACCCAUGAUUUAGCAGCUAUUGAAUCCUUUCUGGCAGAGGUUCGACAGAAGUUUGAUAUAAAAUUUGAUGUACUCUCUGUUAACAUAGUUAUCAAGGCUAUCUGCAGAAUGGGUGAACUGGACAAGGCUUACCUGAUUAUGUCACAAAUGGAAACGUUGGGAAUAGUACCCGAUGUAUAUACUUAUACAACACUUAUAUCGGCAUUCUACAAGAAUAAUCAACCUGAGAUUGGUAAUGGUUUGUGGAAUCAUAUGGUGCUUAAGCGUUGUUUACCAAACCUUGCAACCUUCAAUGUGAGGAUUCAAUUCUUGGUGAGCAGGGGAAGAGCGUGGCAAGCUAACAGUUUGAUGGGUAUGAUGCGGUUUCUUAAGAUUUCUCCUGAUCUGGUUACAUAUAAUUUGGUGAUCAAAGGUUUCUGCCGUGCUGGUUCUCUUGAUAUGGCCAAAAGGGUGUACUCUGCUUUACAUAAUGAGGGUUUCAAGCCUAACAUGAAAAUUUAUCAGACCAUGGUUCAUUAUCUUUGUAAAGGAGGGGAAUUUGGAGUGGCAUAUACAAUGUGUAAAGACAGUAUGACUAAGAAUUGGUUCCCAAAUGUGGAGACCAUCUAUAUGCUACUUGAAGGCCUGCAGAAGAAUGGGGAACUUGGAAAGGCUAGAUAUAUCUUGUCGUUGACUAGGAAAGGAGUGCCUCGGUUGACUGCAAAGCAGUUGGAUGCCUUGCAAUCUUUAAUCUCAAGGAGUUGAACUAUAAUGAUAUACUGAAAAAUAAGGAUUUCAUCGAUCUAUGUAUGGGGCUGCUGAACAGGAGCUGGUAUUUAACUUGCCCAACCCAUUUAUAAAUCCGAGAAACUAACUGUACAUGCAACUUUUGAUGGAGAACCACCCAACGAUAUGCACAAAAUUAUUUGAGAGCAUGGAAAAUGCAAGACAUUUGUGGGGCUGCUGAUUUUACUUAUUGUGCAGAAGAUGUAUCAAUUGCCUGACUCUAGGAAAUUGUAUGACAACUUGUCAAAAUUCGUGCUCCAUGAACCAUGAGUGUUCUAAAGAUGCCUAAUCAGGAAGCUAAAAUCAAAAGAAGCAGCUACAUGGGGAAAUCAAUUUGAUUGAAGGCAUUGGGACUGCCCUUUCAUCAUAAAAACAGUAUUGAAAGAGCAUUCUUGUCGCAAUUUAGGGUUACUUGGUACAGGUUCGAGUCUUGUUGAUCGCAUAUGAAAAGUAUUUUCUAGUUAAAUUUUGAGGGGGAUCGCGCUCACCACGAUACAUGCUGAGGUUUGUGUGGCCUUAGGCUAUCUCCUACGAUGGCCAAUUUCCCUCACCAAGCUAAAAAUUGAGGGAGCCAAAUCAAAGAUUUUGAGCUCCAACGUAACUUGCCAAAGCCAAUAUUCCUCACCAAAAAUUUGAGGAGUCUAGCCACUAGUGGCGAUUGAAAUCUCCUCGCCAUUUCUCCCCCACUCCUCAACGGCCAUCAACGAUGUAUGUGAUUUUAGGGUUUUCUUCUUCAUCGAGUAGAUCAACAGUUGUAGACACCACAUUUGAUGAUGGCAGCAGCAUCUUCUUCGGUGAGGGGGCGACAACGAUGAGCAAAACGGUGGCGUCUUCUUCAACAAAAAAUGGGUUUGUGAGAUUUUAGGAAAUUUUUUUAUUUAUUUUUUAUUGGAUGAUUAAUAUUGUGUAUUUAGUUAUUAAUUUUGUGUAUGUGUAUUUGAUUAUUGAUUAUGUGUAUGUGUGUAUUUGAUUAUUGAUUUUGUAUAUGUGUGA